AAAUUAGAAACCCAAAAAUCAGCGACUGGAUUUUCCUGGCCCGAAACAGCAAGGUCUCUCUCGCGCUCGCCUCUCUCCUCCUCGUCUUCGGCGGCGGCGAUGCUGUCCGGCGACGUUCCCCCGAACCAGACCGUCUACUUCAGGAACCUCAACGAGAAGGUCAAGAAAGAAGAGUUGAAGAGAUCACUUUAUGCAUUGUGCUCUCAGUAUGGAAGGAUAGUGGAUGUCGUGGCCUUAAAAACUCAUAAACUGAGGGGGCAAGCCUGGGUGGCAUUCAGUGAAAUUACAGCGGCUACCAACGCUUUCCGGGGCCUACAGGACUUCGAUUUUUACGGCAAAAAAAUGCGGGUACAAUAUGCAAAAACAAAGUCUGACUGUUUUGCAAAAGCAGAUGGGUCUUAUGCUCCUAAAGAGAAAAGGAAGAAGCAAGAGGAGAAAGCUGCUGAGAAAAAACGGCGAACUGAAGAUGGACAACAACCUGGCGCUAAUGCUCCUGUUGCCCCAAGCAAUGGAACUGGUCAUCAACCUUCUCGUUUUGCCAAGCCUCCGCAAGAGCCAGCUGCUCCGCCGAACAACAUCCUCUUCCUCCAGAACAUGCCGGAUCAGACCACGAGCAUGAUGCUCCAGAUCCUGUUCCAGCAAUACCCUGGUUUCCGGGAGGUGCGGAUGAUUGAAGCCAAGCCAGGCAUUGCUUUUGUGGAGUACGAGGAUGAGAACCAGUCCAUGGUUGCAAUGGAAGCCCUCCAGGGUUUCAAGAUCAGCCCAGAGAACCCAAUGGCCAUCUCAUACGCCAAAAAGUGAAACGAUCCAUGUGAUCUCCAAACCGGCCAAAAGAAAUCUGUAACUGUUUGGCUCUACGUUUUCAUGUGAACCCGGGUAUUGUCCUUGUCAAGUCUGGUAUCGUGGCCUAUGCAUGAUCAUUUUCUCUAUCAAUCUACAGUGGUAGGAGAAGUUAACAAGACAUGGACGACGUACCCCUCGCUUAAAAGGCAAGAGAAAAUCAUCAGGCCUAUCUAUAUCCUCCUGCCUCCAGUCCAUGGUCAGAGAUGAAUGAAUGAGGUGUAUAUUCCAGUAAUAUACAUUUUGGCCAGAAAUCGAAGUAGUUGCCGGCAUGAUGCCUGAUGGUUGAACAAGUAUUUUAGUAGUGGGAUGGUUGGUUUGGUGGCCUGUUUUUUGUUUAAUGGGAGGCGUGCGUGCCGCCUUGUACCACUACUGCUUUGCAAUUAUGGGAUUGCUGUUGCAUU